AUGAGAGGAUUCUACAGACGACUCUACACAUUUGGUCGGUGGCCCCUCCAGAUGAGUCACAUACCGAGGGAACUCGCCAAGGCCGGUUUCUUCUACAUGGGAGACAACGAUGCCGUCGUCUGUUACUGUCGUGGACUACGUACCUACAAAUGGCAGAAGAUGGACGAUCCAAAGAAAGAAAAGAAAGAGGACAAGCCCCCGGCACCCAAAGUCGUCAUGGUGUCCCCAACGCAGCAGGUUGUAGAGCAAGCCAAGGCCGAGCAGAAACGGAAACGUGAACAGAGUGGCGUAGAACAGAAACGACGAGAGCAGACUGGCAUAGACGGGAGUGACUUGCAGCGACUAGUGAAAACGUGCGAGGUGGGAAAUGAAGAGCCGUCCGAUCUGGAAGACGAAGGCGUACGUCUGAUGAUCGAGCGUGAAUUCUACAUCAAUCGUGACUAUUUCGAAAGCAAGAGGUAA